UCUGUUUCCGGAAUCAAUGGCGCCCGCGGUGCUGCUGCUCGUCUCCUCGGUGGAAAGAAGAAGAAGCAGCAGCUCUGAACUCCAAGAUGUCGGAGACCUCGUCUCAGUUUUACUCAGAAACUCAGUCCAUCAUGGACACGGUCACGAAGACGGCAGCGGAAGUGACCGGAAGCUUAAAGAAAGACGCUUCCGGCCGUGAGUCAGACAGAAUCCUGGAAAUGUUGGCACGAGAGGCAACGAGAAAGAUCAGCGCCAUUUUCUCCCAGCUGACCUCAGUGCUUCACAACGAAAACAAGACCCUGCACGCCACCAUGGGACGGCUGGAGAGCGAGCUGACCGCCAUGACAGAAAACUUUGAGAACGCCAGGAAGUGGAGAGAAAACGUCCUUAACGGCUGCCCGGUGCUGUUUGAGCAGAGUGGGUUGAUUUUCACCUUGAAGCCGUUUGGGAAGUUAAAAAGAAAAGGUGAUGAGGUGAUGGGGGGAGUCACAGAAUCAUCGCCUGCUGCUGAGACGCUGAGUGAAAACGAUGCUGACGCUGCAGAGGAUUGUUCCACAGUGAACAAAGAUACUGAUGGCCAACACACACAGGAAGCAGAGGUCAAGAAGAAAGGGAGGAUGUUUGUAUGCGACGUCUGUAACAAGAGCUUCAGCCGGCAGUUUCAUCUGAUGAAGCACAUGAACACUCACAAAGAUCAGAGGCCAUUCGCCUGCAACCAGUGUCCCAGAAAGUUCAGGAACACGGCAACGUUUGAGUUCCACCUGCUGCGCCAUGAGGAGAAGAAGUACGCUGCCUUCCGGUGCCACAUCUGUGAGAGGACGUUCAAAACAAAAAUGCACUUGAAGACUCACCAGCUUGUGCACACAGACAAGAGGCCGUUCAUCUGCUCCACCUGUGAGAAGGGCUUCAAAACCAAACACAACCUGCAGGCACAUCUGCUCGUUCACACCACGGAGAAGCCGCACAAGUGUUCAGAUUGUGGGCUGAGUUUCAGAUACGCCUUCACCCUGCAGUGUCAUAAAAGUAUUCACACCGGAGAAAAUCCUUACAAAUGCACAGAGUGUGGGAAGGCUUUUAUAAAGAGGAGGUCGCUGAGGACGCACCAGUCGGUCCACAGAGGGAAACGGUUCACAUGUGAGACAUGUGGAGCGGGUUUCACCCUCCAGCACAACCUGAAGAGACACAUCCGAAUUCACACUGGAGAAAAACCGUUCACGUGUAAAGUCUGCAGCAAAAGUUUCAUUCAGGACAACAAACUGAAAGCGCACAUGCUUCUUCAUGGUGCCUCAAAGUCGUUCAUGUGUGACCUGUGUGGAAAGACGUUUCUGUACAACUGUCAGCUGCAGAAACACCAAAAAGUGACUCAUGAUGAAAGACACGGGCUGGUCGUUCGGAGACGGACACGGGAACGAGGAAAUCGCAGAGUUAUCUAUCGACGGGACAGGACCACAGUGGACGUGACGCCGUUCAGCUGCAAGACCUGCAGGAAGAGCUUCGACACGGCGACCUCGCUGAAGACACAUGAGGUGAUCCACACAGGUCGGACCCAGUACAACUGCCACACAUGCGGAAAGUCCUUUUUCUACAAAGCCACGUACAACUACCACCAGCGGAUUCACUCAGGAGAUCGGCCGUUCGGUUGUGACAUAUGUGGGAAGAGGUUCAUCAUCCGUCAGGCUCUCAAGUCACACAAACUUCAACACUCCGGAGAGAAGCCACAUAAGUGUGACCAGUGCGACAAGGCCUUCCGGAUCUACACCAACUUCCUCCGACACUUACGGAUCCACACGGGGGAGAAGCCGUACGAGUGUGAGGUUUGUGGAGUGAGGUUCAGGCAGCUCGGACACGUCAAGUUUCACAUGCAGGUCCACACAGGAGAAAGGCCGUAUUUUUGCAGCAGCUGUGGACUCGGAUUUUCAGAUUCAAGGCUGCUGAAGAGACAUAACUGUACUGAGAAGUAUCAGAAAAUGUCAGAGAACACAACGGUCUGCUCACUCCUACAUGUGCAGGCUGCUGAAGGGGUGUCUGUCGAGAGGGUCCGGGGCUUUAUUCUGAAAAGCCCGACCCGGAAGAAGAAGGUGUUGCUCGGUGAGCGGUCCGAGUUUGUUUUGUGUUCGUACCGACAUCACGGAUCCUCUCGUCCCGGAUCCUCACGUCCCGGUCCCGGGAGGAAGCUGCAGGCCAGCGCGAGCAGCCGAGCCGCCAUGUCGGACCCGGAGCCCAGGCUGGACUCCAUUUUGGAGAUAAUGGUCAAUGCGACUGUGACAGAAAUGAGCAAAGUUACGGAUGAGAGCAGUGACGGCUGCUCGGAGGAGAAGGUGAUCCAGUUCGGUGUCUUCAUGACGUCUCUGGCUCGAGAGGCUGUAGAGAAGAUCUGUCAACUUUUCCACGAAUGUUCCUCCCUGCUGCGUUUGGAGGUGUCACAGGGCGUGGCAGAGAUCGAGGACCUGAGGCGUAAGCUGGAGGUGGCGGAGACGGAGCUGAAGCUGGUGUUGGAGGGCAGCAGAGGCCAAAAGGAGGUGGAGGAGCUGACUGAGGGGGGCGACAGAGAGAAGGAGGGCAGGGCGGCUCCGAACAGCGGAGCAGAAGGAGAAACUGUCCAGCUGAGCCACCGCCCGGGGAGAAAGAGCCGCAGAGCCGUGUCGACUUGUGAGACCGGAGUGAAAAGGUCUCCGAUUCUUCACCUGUGGAAAGGCAGAACGUACGAGGACAGUGUCCAGCCGGUUAUAAUAAAAGAGGAAGGAUUGGAUGCGUUCACUGGCCAGACGUCUCCAGAUUCUGCUAAGUGUGUCGAGGAAGCAGGACAGAACGAUGACGACGACCCAGACUUCCAGUUGGACCCAGAAGAUCUGGAUGAAGGUGACCCAGGAUACACCACGAGACCGAAACGUGUCCUCAAGCCCAGGUUCCAGCGAGGUCGAGCAAAUAAAGAGAGUCAGAGUCCGAACCCGCAGCCUCUGAGCUGCAGGCACUGCAGGAAAACCUUCACCAAGCUGCUGCAGCUCAAAGCUCACCAGGCCGUCCACGGGGCGAACGCAGAGAAACCCUUCCACUGUUCUCAGUGUGGCAGAGGCUUUUCAUUCCAGCGCAGCCUCAACGCACACACGCUGCUCCACACAGGUGAGAGACCACACACCUGUGAUGUGUGUGGGAAGGGUUUCACCCUGAAGCAGCUGCUGAGGAACCACCAGCGACUCCACGCUGAGGUCAGGCCGUUUCGCUGUGAACAGUGCGGGAAGAGCUUUUACCGAGCCCACGGCCUGAAAAUGCACCAGAUGGUACACACAGGAGAGCGGGCCUACAUAUGCCAGUACUGCAACAAGAGCUUCACAAUACAAGGUAACCUGCAGCGACACCUGCGCAUACACACGGGGGAAAAGCCGUUCAGGUGUGACACUUGUGGCAAAAGCUUCAACCAGGCCGACACUCUGAAAGGCCACCAGCGGAUACACACCGGUGAGCGUCCCUUCAGCUGCGACACCUGCGGCAAGUGCUUCAUCCAGAAGAGUGCCUUGAAGAUGCACCAGAAGACCUCCCACUCAGGGGAGAACUCCCUGGCCUGCGUGGCCUGCGGCAUGACAGUGGCCUGUGUGGACUCGCUACGCAAACACCUCCAGACGCACGCAACAACUAUUCCAUGCACAUGCGUGCUCUGCGGCCGGCGUCUGAGCUCCAUCACAGACCUGCGCUCGCACCAGCAGCACCACACAGUGGACAGGCCUCACAGCUGCGGGCUCUGUGGGAAGAGUUUCAAGUCGUCCAGUUACCUGAAGAUUCACAUGAAGACGCACAGCGGGGAGAGGCCGUUCUCCUGCGACAUCUGUGGUCGUAUGUUUACACAGCACAGCAGCCUUAAAUCACAUCAGGUGGUCCACACCGGAGAAAAGCCGUUCAGCUGUGACACAUGCGGGAAAUGUUUCAGCAACACAGGCAACCUGAACCGUCACCAGCGUAUCCACACGGGGGAGAAGCCGUUCAGCUGUGACACGUGUGGACGCAGCUUCAACCAGGGCAACAGCCUGAAGGCCCACCUGCAGAUACACACCGGCGAGAAACAGUUCAUGUGCGACAAGUGUGGGAAGAGCUUCUCCUACCUAAGGAACCUCAAGGACCACAAGUGUUUCUACGUCUGAUCGAAGAGACGCCUGCCCUGGUUGUGGAGCUGAUGGCGUUAACUUCCUUUUGACUGAUAAACAAGUGGAUGGAUGAUUGGGGGGGAACUGAAUGAUUUUGGUGUGAUUUUUAGAUUUGAUUUGGUUUUGUCCCCGAGGAAAGUGAUGUGGACAUUGUAGUGAGGAGCUCAGACACAGACUGUAUAUAAAGAUGUGACUGCUCCCAAAAGUGAAGCCAAAUCAUCUUGAUCACCUCCUGGUGGCCGGCGGCAGUAUAGGUAAUAAACACUGCCCUCUCCCUUUUCGUGGAUGGGACAUGGACCGAACUGAAAAGUCAAUGUACACGUUGUGAAUUACUUUUUUUCUCACACAUGAUCAUUUCAGGUGGUUCUUAUCACACUGAUGUGUAAGUGUUAAAGUUUUCAGUAAAACAUGAUGAUUGA